AUUUAUGCCGAUGUUUUUAAAUCGAAGGUCUUCUAUCCCAGCUCGAAUUCAAACCCCCAGUACGCCCUGUAGUUUCCCACCGUGCACAGACCCUCGAAGUCCUAGAACAAGGUAUAUCUAACCUAGACUACUAUCUGUCGACCUUCAAGCUUCAAGUUGCCUUUCAACGACCGUCACCUCAUCGUUGGCUUGUCAUAGGUUGCAAUACAUAUAUAUAUAUAUAUGCAUGGAGCCUGAAACGGAUUACUAUCAGAUUGGGGGCUUCCGAGCUCACUCUGAAGAAUGGUUCCAGAUGUACGAUGACAAACCAACAAUAGAUGCUAUCAUGAAUUACGAAGGUCGCGAACUCAGGCCUGGAGGUCCUGGCGCGCCUAUCGAGUUGGUCUUAGGAAUUCUGCAUAAUGGUGCUUCAUACGUCCUCAUGACAUCUCAUCAAAUGUGGGCAUUCACCCGGAAACACCGCUUGCGGCCUCCCAGAAGACCGUGGAAAGUGGACAGAUUCGCCUCGCUAUCCCCGAUUUAUUUUGCUACAAAGAAUGACCUUCAGGACAAGCUCAAGACCUACAAGGUGAAAUCCCAAAAGAACAAAAAGGAUAAGGAGGACAACAGCCCUGCCAACCGAGACUUUGAGAACCAGAGAGUUUUGUAUCGGAUGUUUAUGAAAAGCGCCACUGCAGGAGCCCUUGGACUAAUCAAUCCACCUUGGGCUAAUGCAGUCAGAGUGAUCUCAAUAGUCGUAAACACGUGGCACAAGGAUAGACGUCGUGAACGUUAUGACAGUCCCUCUAUCAUCGAUGUCGGAUGGACAGAUGUGAUGAUGCCGCAGCAUGUGGAAUCUGGAGAAGUAACAGAAACUGUACACAUAAAGAUGAAAGGACUCGCACUGAAAAACGAGGAUCAGAAUGCGCCCUUUGAGCAUGGAACCACCAACCAGGAGGGCACGGUGGAUAUUCUUUACUCGGAGAUGCGAAGACUCUUCACACAUGACGCCACCAAUGUUCCGCUUGUAGUGCUGGUCCACGAUGAGGAGAUGGUGCGCGGAGUGCUUGCACGUUCCGGAAUUGAUGUUGGGUCAUUUACCCCUGUCGCUGCGCUGUUCCAGCGUGGUCAACCUCAGAAACUAUUACACCGAAGGUCCUCCAGAUCACCUUCCCCGCGACGCUUGAACGCUGGCCCGUCUCAUUCCUCACGUGACUAUGAACGACGCUGGAAACACGAACCCCGCGAUGAUGUCAAACCCUUUUCUGUGAAACAAGAAGGCCGAUCGUCGUCAUCCGUAUGCAUCAAAGAAGAUGGCAAGAAACUAGGACCCUCACAACAAAAUGGUACUAUUCCCCUCCCAGCUGGAUGUAUCGUGAACGUGCAGAACAUGGUCAGGACUUUGAUGCGGGUUGCUCAAACUGGCCCUAGCGUGCAGGCGACAGCGCAGCGCAUGAACAUAUCAGCAAACCCACGUCUCCCUUGUGCAGGCAAUGAAUGCCACUUGCUCUUGAACAUGUGGAUUUCAAUGAUAGAGGGACGCCCAAUUGACGAGCAAUGGAUGGACCGCCUAGCGCACCCGAUCCAGCCUCCUUCGCCAACUAUAGAUCCAGUGCAGCUCGGUACAGACGAGGACAUCGACCCGAACGACUAUAUACCUCCAUCGAUGAGAAAUGCUGGCGGAACGGCUGCCCAAGAAGACGACUGGUCCGAUGAUGAUUGGUAGAAGUGAUAUUGGACAACCCCACUAAGUUUAUCGUUGUUCUCGCUUGAGUGGUUCGCUAAUUUUGCCAUCACGAGCUAUUGAGCGUCUGAUAAUAUGAAAUGGACAACGGACCACGAUGUAUACCACACCUGUUGUGACAAUACGUUGUAGAAGCUUGUAGAAGCGUCAUCGUUGAUUACAAUGCGUUUGUGUAGGAGUAUUCGAAUUGGAGGUUUCACUACUCAGCUUCAAAUAUAUUCAAUGUUGUUGUAUCCGGAUAUUGCUAAGUACUUGAUUGCAAUCUCAAGCUAC